AGACAUCAAAACAGACCGAUUGUUUUGUUUGACGGAGUGAAGCUGUGGUUGUUUUGAAGUUGUUUAAAGUGUUUCAAAUGAACGGAAACGUAUCUCUCGAGAGUAUGAGAACGAUUACGAGUACGACAGAAGAAAUCACAUCUUUUAAAGAUGUUGAUCGUCUCGUUAAAUCGUGGAUUAUAGACUAUUUGUUUCUAGCUAUAACACAUCAUUUCAAGGACAGGAACACAGCCGAGUUCAUGAAAACCGUAAAGGCGUUCGAAGUUAUGAUCGAUGGUGUUGAGCUGGAAGAGAGCCAGAUGAAGAAGAAGCUAGUUUGUGGAUUCCUGGCCAGGAUUAUGGACGCCAAAAACUUGGACGUCCAGUACACCCAUGACGAGAAAGUUACGCCUCUGAUGUCGGCUGUCACCGUUUGGAAAGCCAUGGACUAUGCUGUCGCCGACUGCAAUCUCCACCGCACCGUAAUGCGACUGCUUUUUGUUCAGUCGGUGGCCAUAUGUCUGGAGAAAGGGAAACACCUGAUGGCCAAGAACGCUCUGCAGUGGCUACAGAAAGAGUGCGACCUUCCACAGAAAUUACAGACGAAUCUGUCCUCCAUCGUGAGUUCCAAGAACAUACAUGGUGCUUACCUGGCCAGCUUCAGCUUCGACCGCCUGUUGGAGAAGGUGCACACCUUCAUCGAGACUUUCAUCCAGGAGGACCCAUCCAGCUUCCUGUUACAGGCGGGGAGUAAGGUGGUUCAGGCCAAGCAGGAUAAGUCAAAUGUACAGCAGUCACCCCCCCAAGAACCGGAGGAGAAGAGGAGGAAAAGAGGAGAAGAAGUCGCUACACCCACAGACGACUCCGCCAACCAGCCAGACGAGACCACAGAGCAGCCAAAAAAGGAGGAAGACUUUGUGCUGCAUUCGAAGCUUAAUGGAAGGUCCAAGAAAAGGCUGCUCGGAAAAUCUCGAGCUACGGACCCGUGGAUACCUGAUACUGCUAAGAAGUCGGUACGCAAGGCCAGAUUAAAAGUCGGACGGAUGUCUGAUGAGGCCUCCCAGUCCUCCAUGAACACCACAGCAGGAGUAAGAACCAAGAAGCCGUGGAGGGAGCCCCAGGAUCGCCUCCUGAUGGCGGGCGUGAGGAAGUAUGGCGAGGGCAAGUGGGCUCAGAUCCUCCAGGAGUACGACUUUGAGGAUCGCACCGCCGUCAUGCUGAAGGACCGCUGGAGGACACUCAAGAAAAAAGACAUCGUGAGUUAGCAGGCUGAGGCUACCAUGCUAGAAGUGGUGGAUAUUUUUGUACAUAAGAGAGAGAAGUAGUUGUUUUUUUUAUCUUUUUUUCCCCCAAAGGAAUUUAGAGGGUAUUUUUUUCCAGAUUCAGGCACCUGAUGUUUAAGAAACACCACAUGUUGCUGACCGCUAACUGCUACCAAAAUAGCUUUUUUUAAAUGUUUUAUCUAAAAGAUGUUUUUGUAAGCCAUUGCACAUUACAAUGGACAUUUUUCCAGUGUUGCAUCUAAUGUUCAAGGACAACACUGUCAAAUACGCGAGAAAAACCACACAGAGUGGAGUAGUGUUUAUGUGCUGUACAUAGAAAAUGUGUUUUUUUGUCCUUCUUCUUUUUAUUAUUUAAGGGUGUAAAAAUGCUAAGGUUCCUCGAAGAACCCCCAGUUGGCAUGGUGGGGGAACCCCUAAAGAUGAUGACACUCAGGGCAACUUUUUGGGCAAUGUUGCUGGGCAACGAGAUGACGGUGUCUAAUUUUUUUGAUAAUUGAUUAGGAAAAGUUGUCUACUGCUGAUCCAAGUUCUGCUGUCAAAAUGUGUUGUUGUGAUAAACUGUCCAAAUGAAAUAAAAGGUAUAGUUAUGGUAUAGUUGCCCUAUAGCGUUGCUCAAAAAGUUGCCUAGUGUAUCAUCACUAUUAAGGUUCUCAGAAUCAGUAGGUGGUUAGAAGAACCCCAAGUUUUUUCGAAAAGGUUCUUCAAAGAACCUAUAAGGGUUCCUCCACAGUGACAAACUGAAGAACCCAUAAAAGGUUCUUUGACAAUCCAUUCGAUUGACAUUGUGGAAGUGGAACCCUACAGGUGCUCUGUGGAACCUUUGAGGUUCUACCAAGAACUUUUAUGCUCUUCAGGAAGCCUUCCAGUUCUUUGGUGACGUCAAAUGUUCAAAGUGUCUGACAGUAUUUUCCAACAGUGGUACAUCGAAUGUGGAGCUGUUUAUUUUUAAGUGUUAUGAUGAAUGUUGAAGGGGGAUGAUGGCUCUGAUAGACAGGUGCAAAAAAUGUAUUUUUACCAUUAAAUUAAAACGUAAAUGUAUCAUUCGCAUAGAUUUUUUGAAAGUCUUGUCUUUGCAAGGAAAACUGCAUUUGUAAAUAAUUAUUGUGUUGUACUGCCUAUUGUUACAAAAAAAGUACAAUAAAAUAUUUUUGUCCACAA